UGUAGUUACUAGUAUUAUUUUCACAAAAUAUAGUUGGAUUGUUAAAAGAGUUUCUUCAUUUAUAUUCUAUACACUCAUUGGAUAAUUGUCUUUUUGUUUAUCUUCAUUAGAAAAAUUGCUCAAGCCUUGAGCCAAAGUGCUAAGUCCAUCAACUUUCUAACUAGUCGAUUAGUAAAAUGGCAGCAACUUCCUAGCAGUAGUGAAAAUCAUUUCAGCUUGUCAAAUAAAUAAUAUAAUAUAAAUAAAUAAAACAGUUUUUUUUUUAAAGAGUGAUAUUUAGAAAAACAUUCCCAAUCAUUUUCAGUAAUAAAAAUCUGUUUAAUCAAAAAAUAAGUGAAUUCCGGCCUAGUUAUGUUUUCCAUCGAGUACAGCAAGCAAUUCCUGAGCUAUCGUAUCCUCAAAUCCAACCGGUUCAAGUACAUCUGACGAUACGAACUCGGACUAAGUGUUUUAGAAAAGCUAGUUCAAGUGUGUGUUUUUAGUGCCCGCCAUAACUAAUCAGGAAUUAAUUAAAUACCCGAAAGCUACCAAUAAGAGUCUAACGAUAUCAUUAAUUUUAUGCCAAUAAAUUAAAUUCAAGACCUGGAAAGUCUUGUGCUAAUCAAGGAAGCUUAAUAAUAUUUUUAUUUCAAAAAAAAAAAUAAUUAAUAUCUUUUAAAAAUUCGUAGUUCAUUAGCUACACAUUUUUGGUCAUUGAAUAUAUUAUUAAAAUAUCAAUCUCAAAAUGAUCCUUUAUGUUCCGGGAAGAAUGCCAAACCACGUUGGCCCGUACGGUGCAGCUCGUUACCCGGGUCUGCUAACAUCAACACCGGGCUAUUAUCGUCCAGUAUCAACGUAUCUUCCAAACUUACAUUAUUAUCAAAAUUAUCCAACAUCUAACGUCUUCUCCAAUCUGAACAUCCUUCAUCAACCAGUAGACCUUCCGGUUUGGCCACACAAGAUGCCAGCCGAGGAGGAACUCGCCACCUCACCAUCUGGAAGAAUCAGCAUUGGAGCUUCGCCAAGUGCUUUAACUAGUGGUGGUCCUCCUAGUCCUGCUCAUAGUGAUUCUGAUGCCUCCAAUUCCAGUCUUGAACUUGGAUCAGUUCGGAGAGGUGAAAAUGCACAACUUAAAUGCAGAUGGCUCAAUUGUGGAAGAUGGUUUGCGUCGUUAGAACAAUUAGCAGGACACGUUUCAAGACUUCAUGCAGCACCUGGGCCACGUAAUUUAUUUUACUGUGGAUGGGAAGGUUGUGCACGUGGAGAACGUGGUUUUAAUGCUAGGUACAAAAUGUUGGUACAUGUUAGGACCCAUACGAACGAGAAACCACAUCAUUGCUUUCAAUGUGACAAAAGUUUUAGCCGGGCGGAGAAUUUAAAAAUUCACGCACGUUCACAUACCGGAGAACGACCAUAUGUUUGUCCAGUGGAAGGCUGUAACAAAGCAUAUUCUAACUCAUCAGAUCGUUUUAAACAUACAAGGACGCACGCAGUAGAUAAACCUUAUUGUUGUAAAGUUCCUGGUUGUCCAAAAAGAUAUACUGAUCCAUCAUCACUCAGAAAACAUGUCAAAACUUAUCGUCAUUAUAUUAAUAAUAAUGAUAAAUUACAAGAGAAAAGUUUUGAAGAAAAUAGUAACCAAGAAAAGUCAAGGUAUGACAUCACACCAGACAAAAGUUGCAGCACUGGGUCAGAUAAGAAAGAUUCUAGUCUUGAAAGUACGAUAUCAUCUGGUAGUCCUAAAACUAGUUAUAGCUUUGAAGAACAGAGAAAAUUCGUUGAGUGGAAUAACAUGUACAAUCUCCAAGAACGUAAAGAACAAGAUCAAAUAACACCUCCAAAGAAUUAUGAUGACACGAAAAUGUAUCCAAGAAUUUUUGAUGAAAGUUUUAGGACACCUGAAAGAUUACACUCUGGUACUAUUUUUUCUGGACACUCAAUCAAGGAUCGUUCUAAUUCUCCUCAUAGUAGCCCUCACCAUACUCCUGAUAGUUUACCACGAAUUGGCAUGCAAUCAACACCAAUAAAAAUUGAAGAAAUGUCCGAAUGUCCAGCCAAAGCCACUGUAGACUAUAGAAACAUUGAGUCUAUUGUUAACAGCACACCCUGUAAGAAAGAAAACAAUCCUAUCAUUAGAAAUUCUGUUAUAAAGCGUGCGGAAAAUAUUAAGAUGGAUAUUUCUGAGAAUUCAAAACCAGAAGACAUCAAAGAAUCUUGCUGUUGCCGUCACAAGUGUCGUAUUAAUAAUGAAAAUUUGUUGGAAAAAACAAAAAUUCUCUCAGAUUUAAUAAUGAAAACUCAAAAUCCAAUAUUCCGUCAACUAUUAGGGUCUGUUGAUCUCCGGUAUGAAUUUCAAAGUAUGUGGAGUAAUAUUAGAAAUACCAACGAUUGUAUUGGACAAGAUUUGAGGGUUAAAAGUAGUGAAAGUGUUACCGAAAUGGAGCAGGAUCUUCCACUCGAUUUGACAAUACAUAAAUAAUUGUUUUAUAAUUAUCAGAGCCAAAUAUUGUUAUUUUUCUUUAUUAUCGCGUGUUUUUGCUGUAUAAUUCGAGGGUCUAGCUGGUCUAGGUCUUCAUUGUUUGGAUUCGAACGAUAAUCUAAACAAUGAUCACCAGAAGCUCAGUUUAUAUUUUGCUCUAUUAAUGUUUCAAAUCUUUUACUCGAACUGUUGAGCCAAAUAAUUACUUUUUAAUAAUUAGGAAAAAAUUUCUAAUCAAUCACUUGCUCAGUGUUAAACAAUACCAAUGUAUCAUUGUAUCAUUAAAUUAAACCUUUCUGAGUAAUUUGAGUCUUUAAAUUAACAAAAGCCCGUUUAAAGAUUUUAAAUCUUUAUUUUCUUAUUCAUGUAAAUAUAUUUAAUGAUUGAAAUGGUUGAAUUGGAUUUCAUCAAUUGAAGAUUAUUAUAAAUAAAAAUUUUUAUGAUAAACUUCAAGCUGACUUUUAAAGUUGAUGUAAAUAAUUGCAGAAUAAAAUGAUAAAAAUGAUCAAAAUGAAGUGCCUUAAUUGAUGCUAAAAACUGUUCACUUGGAGUGAAAUCAUCUUAAUAAAUAUUAAAUAUUUAUACAAAAAA